UUGUUUUGUCAAUACAAAGAUUAAGGAUUCUACUUUUAAUAACUUAAAAAAGAGGUGGAGGAGGAACUUUCAUAGCAUAAUCCUCAAUAAAUUUAGAAAAUCUCAUAAUUUUGAUGAUUUUACCAGCCAAUAGAUAUUCUCUAGUCAUAGAACUUCCAAAAGCAAUUUCAGGUCUUACUAAAAGCUGAUUUUUAUUCUUCUUGAGCUAUUUUUACUGCUACAUCUAAUUUUAGUCUAUUUUUUGUUAUAAUUUGGGUUUAUUUUGUUCUAAAAUUGUUGAUGAAAAUACCACUGAAGUCGGAUAGGAUUUCAGAAGUAUUAGAGCAAUUGGGAGCUUACUUUAGAACAGCUAUUAAGUAAUUGGAUGAACUUAGUUAUCAAUCUUAUGGAACAGACUGGGAUGUCUUAAUAAGCAGAAAUAUGAAAAUCUAGAUAAUAAAGGGCAACCGUUUGGCCAAGAAAUAUUAGAACUACGGUGAUAGGGGGUCUUAUAGGGAUAUGUGUAUGAAACUGGCUGAAAAAGUAUUUUGAGUUAAAAAAUAUCAUUUUUGUAUUUAAUACGAUGCUUAGUGUUUGAAUCACUUAUGAUCUAGGGUUGAUACAUUUGUGCCAUAUUCAAGAAAAAUGAAUUGUCUAUCAUGGUUUCUUACGAGAAAUCAGAUUGACUGGCUUUCAAUUUAAGCUACUCAUUAAGGAUUUUCAAAAUCAAUUCUCAAAAUUGAGUUUCUUAUUGUAUAAAAUCUCUGUCUAUAUAUUUUCGGGAAAUAGUUUCGGCUAUUUCAAAAUCAUACCAGAUUUUGUUAUAAACAAAUAUCGAUAUAAAAAGAUGCUAUUAUUUACGAUUUAAUUUCACUCGAUAACUUUUGUGAUGUAGCAACAUCACUCGAAAUAGCUAUGAGGACAAGAGGAAGCCCAGAAAUCAAUAAUCGGAAUAACAAAGUCAGAAACAUGUUUGUAUUAAGAAAAGGCAAUUCCACUCGAGAGUCUGAUAACCUUCGCAAAUCUUCUAAUGAAAACUUGAGCAGCAAUGUCUAUAUGUGCUCUACAAAAUCAAACCUAAAUGGAGAUAAUUCGAAAGACUGAACUGUUUCCACAAAAAUAUAUGGAAUGGAUCGUCAGUCAAGCAUAAAUUCUCUAGCUGAAACAGACUCUUGAUAUACUAGAGACAACUCUUUGGGAUCUCAGUUUAAUAGAAAUCCGAAACAUGCUUCAUCCAAUGGGUUUGAAGGACAAAAGGGAUUUGACCCAUAUUGCCAUGGGUUUAGCUUCAAAACUCCACGUCAAAAGCAAAAUGCACAAUUGGCGUCUAUAAAUAAAAAGUCAAAAGUAAACCAAGAUAAAAGCAUGAAUAUUGCUAAUAGAAAUAUUCAAGUGCGCGCAAUUGCCUCAACUCGGAUAAACUGGAAGGUCAAAAGCAACGGAUUUAAAGAGAUAUAUGAGUGCAACCAGAGGAAAUCAAAAAAUGAGAGUGAUAAUCUUCCGAAUGAAUUGGGCCCGAUAGAUCACAACAAGGGGUACCCAAAACAUCUCUUGUCAGGAUACAAGAAGGUUCAGAAGGAUCGAAUGAAGAAGUAUCAGCAUCUCCCACAAGAAAAUAUUAUGGAAGAAAACAUAGAGGAAGAAAAUUUCUCUGAUUUAGACAGAUCUCAUGAAGGAUCUCCAUACGUAAAGCCUUCAACAAAUAAAAAGAUCAAGGAUUUCUACUCGAAAGAUUUUGAAGUCAUGUAUUCAAAAUAAUGAGAAGAAAGAUAUCCAGAGAAGGCUAAAAAAAUUCAAGAAAAUCAGAAACCAGAUGCAUAAUUAUCAUGCCACUCAAAACGGAUUUGAUUCUGAUAGAGAAGAACAGCUUGCGGUCCUCAGGUCGAUUAAAAAGAACACUUUGAACCAUAAGAUACUAAAUAAGAGGACUGCCGGAGAUUCUGGUAAUUUUAAGGAAGGGGUGGUAUUGAGUAAAAAGUCGUUGUCAACGAUCAACCCUCCAGAGUACACCCUAUCGAAUGGGUACACCAAUGGGAUUUUGCCAAACUUGAAAUUAACAAACAAUCACCAAGUCUUACAAGAUGAAGAGACAACAAAGUCUAAUUCUCCUGGAGAGCUUCACACAUAUGGGAGAGCAUUCUACUCAAGAAGAGAGGAAUCCCGACAAAAAGACUCAAUUAAAUAAGUCUUCGUCAGGAAUGAGAAAUCUGAAAAACAAUAAAAAUUUCUCAGUAGAUGUUAGAGAGUACUUCCAUGAAGGAAAGUCAGGAACAGAUUUCAAGAUCCCCAUAGAGCAGAACCAUGGCAAGAACAGAAGAGGGCUUAGUAAGGAUCAGCUAAACUCUAACCCUGAAGACCUGAACCUGUUGUUCUAUAAUUUCCACUCAAGUAAUGAAAAUCUUGAUGGUAAAAUCAUAGAAGAACAGGAGGAACUUGAGGAUGACCUCAUCCUUGAGCCUACAAAUUAUGAGGAGUAUAUAAACCAGAAGUCAAUCCCUCUAGAAGGGAACAGGUACCACAAAGAGUCCAGUUUUGAUAGAAGAAAGCAGACUGACCAAGUUGAGACCACUCCUUUGCCUCUUGAAGAGUUCAUGAGCAAUUAUAAAACAAAGAGGAUAAAACAAGAUGUAGGCCAGAAAACAAUGAUCAACUGGGCCAAGAAUAAAGAUAGACUUCCUACUAGAGGAAUCAAUACCAGAGGUUGUGGCAGGAGGAAAAAUAAACUAGCUUAAUAUUGCCGAGGCAUAGAGCUGAAGUCCUUUGCAAAGAGGCAUAGGAUAUAGUAUGCAACUCAUU